AUGAGCGCUGAUGAACGUCGAGCUCUGGAAGCGUUGAAAGACGACCAAAAUGCAGAGGAUGUGUGGCAGGAUGAAUCAGAACAAAUGGACUUCGGUGAUGUCUUGAACGGCUCUGAACUAUUGCCCAUCAGCCACACUGGUGGCGAGUUUGCUGAUCUUGCGACAAGUCUUUUGGGAGACUUCUGGGAUAUGAAGGAUCGAGCUCGUGGCCGAUGCCAUAUUGAUAAUCGUACACGCCGUGACCGCAUUCUACGUAGGAACCAGGCUUUUGCUUCACAGUUGCUUGCCAUGACCGAUGCGUACCUUACCUGGAGCUUGGAAAAAUCCAAGGCAGACUUUAGCGAGAGUAAGCCUACUGGACAAUGGACAAUCAAUGUCAUUGACGUAUUCUACGCUGACAAAGUUACUGUUAAGAUACUAUCUUCUGACCGCACCGUUGCCUCUGCCCUCGUCCGUCAAGGUGUGAUGCCUUGCUCGCCUAUAUCGCCUACUGUGGGCAUUACUACAGAAGCCCUGGAUCUUUAUCGUGUAAUGCACCUUAGGAGUCCCCACUUGUCCAUUCAGGCCUUCGUCAAAUCAAUGAGCGACUUGCGUGGGGUGGGAUUUCACAGAUACCUUUCUCGUCAAUUUUCCAUCGCAUUCGACUUAUACCUCGAUGUUCAAUGCGCGGUUGCAGCCAUGGUAGCCGAGUCGCUUCAGCGGGACUCACCCGACUGCUUGCUAUAUGCCAUGGAUGGGAAUGACUCCCUGAAAAGAGUCCUUCGAAGAACGUUUGAUACGGACGACUCUCUCGGCUCAUCGUGUGAACUCCCGACGGGACAGCAGCUCAGGACUGACCGCUAUCUAUCUCGUACCUUCGUUGACCAGUUUGCAUCGGACUCUAGUACUGCAGGCGACGGGGAGAAUUCGUGCGAAGGGUGCUGGAAGAAUAUGGAUGACGCGAAAACAAAGAAAGCAUGGGGGAUUUAUGAUGAAACAGGCAUCUUUUUGGCCAUGUGCCGCCAUGGGUUCUCUCUGCUAAUUGCAGACAUGGUACAGAGUGGGGAACUUGCAAAAUAUCCUUUGGCCGUGGUCUCGAAGUUGCUGAAUGUAUUUGGAACUAAUCUAGGAGGCGGGUAUGACAUCGGCUGUCAGUUCAAGACUACUCUCGACAGAAGCUCCCUCGGACCCCUCACACGUUCAAAGCAUCACACCUGCCUUGUUGGGGCCUUCCAUGGACAUGCCCACAGGCGUUUGUGCCAACUUUUCUCACUCACAACGUAUACCAAAGGUCUGGGACUGGAAGAUCUGGAGACGUGUGAACGGACUUUCUCGAAAUCGAAUUCCUUGGCCUCCGCACUACGUUACGCGAGGAGUAUUUUCCAUCGCCAACAAGCCAUCAAUUCUUUUUUCGAACACAACAAUGACUUCGAAGUCUACGCUAAUCUAUCCGAUUUUUUGUACAACAACUACAAGCAAGCUCUAGAUAUCCUCGAUGAUGGUAAUGCAGCGCUACUGAAACUCAUGCAAGAUCUCAAGGUAGUUGAUGUGAGUGUUUUCAAGCGCUGGUUGGAAGAUGAAAAGGCCUAUCUUGUUGGUCUAACGCGCGAGCCUGAAGAAGAAACACUCCAGAUGGAGUACUGGCAGAGGCUCGUUAAUCUUGCAGCGAGCAGUGAUGCGCUUGGUGCUGCGAUGGCAGCAGUUGAAUUACCUUCUGAAGAUUCAUAUGAGACACAGGUCAAACGCACUCGCAACACUGAGGGUGCACGGUGUCACGCACUGGAAGACUAUGAGAGGAAUCUCAAGAUAGUGCAAGCGCUGGAGGGCAAGCUAGAAAUCACGGAGCGGUGGGUUCCCAGAGAUGUAGAGUGGCAGAAUGCAGGGAGGCUAGUGGCUAACAGGAAGUACCAAUGGGCACUAGACCGUCUUGAGGGUCUCAUCGUUGCUCAGAUAUUCGAACUGUCGAAAAUGAACAGAGCAGGGACAGCCCUCAACAUGUACAACACUAUUGCUAGGACACUGUCCCCUCCCCGCUUAACACUGAAAUGGGAAGAAGUUGUCGACUAUGCCUUUCUUGCCAACUUCGACCUCCUUCGCGACACGCGUGUAGACAUCUCCGAGCGCCCUUGGUCAUCUCCUGCCGCUCGUAGCGCAAUGGAUCUCCACUUCAAAAUAUGUCGGGCACGUGAGGAGAUUGAACGCCUCAAUAUUGAGGUCCAACGCCUGGUGACCUAUAUAUGCAAUGAAGAGAAGUAUCUACAGGAAUGUGAGGACCAGUUGAAGGAUACCAACCCAGCCCUCGCACAUCAAAUCGCUAUUCACCGAAACACUCGAGGACGCUUCAAGUCACAACAUCUCAACCGGCUUCACGACAUAUCGAAGCUUCUGGGAUUCAGUGGGACACUAGCUCCUGGUAUAAGCACUUACACAUGUCCUGGGGAGAGCGCGAGCAUACCUAAUGCACAGAUUCCUGCUCGCAUGCUUGUUGAACCCUCGCCUGUUGAUCACGCUGCAUCUGCCUUAGACCUAGAUACCCAGGAUGAUCUGGAUGACGAGGAGGAGGAGGCAGAGGUAGUAGAGCAGGCAUCGAGGAGUUUACAAGAUGUCCUGCUCAUUGCUGAUGACUUUUCAUGCCUUGGGAUUCAUAGCGAUGCUGAAGAAGAGUAGUGGAGUCAUUU